GUGCGUGGCGUGCGCGGCGCGCUGGCCUGGAAGCGCUGGAACCUGUGAGGUGUGCGAGAGGGUGGCGGUGAGAGAGUGGCGGACAUGGCUCCCAACGCGCCAGGGUCUGAACCCGAGUAUCCUAAAGGCAUCCGGGCCGUGCUGCUGGGGCCUCCCGGGGCUGGCAAAGGUACCCAGGCACCAAGGCUGGCUGAAAACUUCUGUGCUUGCCAUUUGGCCACUGGGGACAUGCUGAGGGCCAUGGUGGCUUCUGGCUCAGAGCUGGGCAAAAAGCUGAAGGCAACUAUGGAUGCUGGGAAACUGGUGAGUGAUGAAAUGGUAGUGGAGCUCAUUGAGAAGAAUUUGGAGACCCCCUCAUGCAAAAAUGGUUUUCUUCUAGAUGGCUUCCCUCGGACUGUGAAGCAGGCAGAAAUGCUUGACGACCUUAUGGAGAAGAGGAAAGAGAAGCUUGAUUCUGUGAUUGAAUUCAGCAUUCCAGACUCUCUGCUGAUACGGAGGAUCACAGGAAGGCUGAUUCAUCCCAAGAGUGGCCGUUCCUACCAUGAGGAGUUCAACCCCCCAAAGGAGCCCAUGAAAGAUGACAUCACUGGGGAACCCUUGGUUCGUCGAUCAGAUGAUAAUGAGAAGGCUUUGAAAAUCCGCCUGGAGGCCUACCAUACUCAGACCACUCCCCUCGUGGAAUACUACAGGAAACGGGGGAUCCACUCUGCCAUCGAUGCAUCCCAGACCCCUGAUAUUGUGUUUGCGUGCAUCCUAGCAGCAUUCUCCAAAGCAAACCUAGUAACAGAAGGCCAGGCGAGACUGCACCACUGCUCAUCACCCUGCGGCGUGAUCCCUGCUCUUAGGUGCUGGGCAGAGGGGAAGGGUGAUCAGGGUGACGGUGGAGAGGGAGGGCUGGUGAGGGGCUCAAGAGGAGCAUUUGAAAGAGCACCAGUGUUAUUGUGAGGUGAUUUCUUUUACAUAUAGGUGGGAGUUUUUAAAGUGUAAGUAAAGGGGGAAAUUAAUUUUUAAAAAACAUUGUGCUUAGAGGGUAUGGAUAGAAAUAGUGAGAAACAGUAUUAUUUCCGAGGAAUUGGGUUUUCAUUUACUUUGAGCUAGUGACAAUGUUUUUUUAAAGCCAAUACCCUAAAACCUCAGCUUUUAUUUCACAACCCCAUGUGUUGCCAGAUCGAGAGAACAGGACAUCAAACUGUCGUCCUGUUUGUCCUAUAGCUCAGAAAAGGGAGGAUUUGACUACUAACCCUGGUUCCCUGAACUGUACGAUCAAAAAAUCAUCUCCGCAUUUGAAAGACAUAUGAGGUAUAUUCAUGGGGUGGUAGCUCAGUAAAUCAAGUUAACUGGAGUCGGGCAGGAUGAGGAGAGCAGGCUGGGUUGACUCCCUUCCCUGACUUACCGCUGGCUUACUAAGCCACCUGCUUUCAUGGCUUGGCUCUCAGCAGCGAGCUAGAACAUACCAUAUUCUGUGUUCUUGCCUUCUUUCAUCUAUGGUGUGUGAAAGGACCCUUUUAAAUAAAUGAGCAAGUGUCCUAAACUAUAUCAUCCAAAGAUUGUCCUUUCCAUUCUCAAAUCCUGUGACUGGGAUCACUCAACAGCACUGUGAUGUAUUAUUUUCAAUGAGGUGCCUUUCUUAACUGACCAAAUGCUGCCUUGUUUGGCCCCUAAAUCAAUAAAGAUUGUUAAAAGUUUGUA